GAUCGGCAAAUCCCUAAUAUUCUCCCAAUCUCUCCGGCGGUACGGAGGAAGGUUUGGAUUCUUUGUGAAUUCAAAUCCUGCGAGGGUUCUAAGAAGAAGAAGAGAAGAAAACGGGAGCUUGAAAAGGCGAGGCGAUAGAAGGUAAGUGAAGAUGAAGACAACGAAAGGAGGCAAGGUCAUGAACCCUACGGAUGCCUACCGUAAGGAGCUUCGGAAGAAGGAACUCAAACGGAACAAAAAGGAAAGGAAAAAGGUGAGGGAGGUGGGGAUUUUGAAGAAGGAUCCUCAGACAAUUAUGGAGCAGAUUCAGAAGUUAGAGUCAAUGAAGGCUGAAGGUGCAUUGGACAAAGCAAGAAAACACAAGAAGAGACAACUUGAGGACACCCUUAACCUUGUUAUGAAGAAGAGAAAGGAAUAUGAAGAUAAAAUGAAAGAAAAGGGUGAGACGCCUGUUAUGUUCAGUCAUUUGGGUCCCCCUCGGAGAAGGACAACUGCAGAAGAAGAAGAGAGAGUAAAGCACCCCAAGCCUGAAGACUCUGUUUACUAUCACCCUACUCUGAAUCCUACAGGCGCCCCACCACCUGGGAAGCCACCUAUGUAUAAAUCAUCAAUAGGACCCAGAAUUCCCUUAUCUGAUGCUUCAUCAAGUGCUGGUGCAUCAUCCUCAAAAACAGAAUCAGAGGAUGUUCCUGCAGAUGUACUGCCACCACCCCCACCACCACCUCCUCCUCUGCCAGAUACCGGUGCACUGAAUGCUGGGGACGGAACUUUAGGACCUUCAUCUUUGCCUCUACCACCACCACCUCCGAUGCCUCCGAAGCCUGCUGUGGCAAACAUGAGCAUGCCUUUGCCUCCACCACCUGGGCCACCACCACCUCCGGGUCCCUCACCUAAAGAACAAGCUGCAAUUCGCCCUCCACUUCCACCACCUCCCCCACUUCCGCAGUCUGCACUGCCACCUCCACCUAGCACUGGAGGAAAUGAAAUGGGGAGAAAUCCGUCUGCAUUGUCAGAUGACUCAACUGCCAAGGAGGCUGAUCAGGUGUCUUCUGUGCUCCCACCACCACCUCCACCUCCUGGGAUGCCACCAAGGACAGCUAGUAAUCAGCCUGAAAGUCCAUCAGAAGCUGAUUCAAAUAACCCUUCAGGAACUAAGGAUCUCUCUAAAAUGAUUCCGCCACCACCACCGCCUCCCAGGCAACAAUUCCCAGGGCCUGGUGGACCUUCCAUGUUAGCAAAUCUACAAUCCGAUGUCUUACCCCCAGGGAUAUCACGCUUCCCACCACCUCCCCCUCCUCCAGACAUGCGGGGACCACUAUCUGCUCCUGGACUUCCAGGUCAAGCAGCUCCUCCUGGAAUGAUGGUCCCCUUAAUUGGAAGGCCACCUUAUGGCCCUCCUCCUGGUCCUCCCCCUAUGAUGAGACCACCACUUCCACCUGGUCCUCCACCUAUCCUACAGGAAGAUGAUCAUUUUGCAAAUAGGCCACCAGCACCACAGAAGCCAUCCUAUGUCAAAUCUGCUGCACCCACUGUUGUUAAGCGGCCACUAGCCCAGCAUCAACCAGAACUCACCUCUAUGGUUCCUGCAUCAGUUCGAGUGAGGAGAGAGACUGCUGCUCCAAAAGCAAAACCAAGGCCAUCAAUCUCAAAUGUGAUGACUACCAUCAAACCUGCAGCUCCUACUGUUGUGAGGCCAGAGUCAGCUAGCUCAUCAGCAGCUCCUAAAACGCAGAGCAUUGAUGACUCAUACAUGGCAUUCUUGGAGGAUAUGAAGGCACUUGGUGCACUUGACAGCUGAUGGUACUGUAUCUUUUGGGAGGGAGGGGAAAGGAGGACACAUCUGAGAAUCAGGAUGUCACCUACAACAAGCUGUUCUAAGGAUUCCAUGGACUUAGUGGUUUUUCCUCCUUUAGGUAGCUGUUGUUUCUUCUGACCAGUGUUUUCAUGGGGGCCGUUGUAUUAUUUGUUGCAGAACUGCUGAUAGCGUUCUAACUAUUGCAGUUGAUUACCAGAUAAUGUAAUUCAGGUUAACUUUCACAAAUCAAGAUUCCAUAAAAAGGGGAGAGAUGAAAACUGUAUUUAAAUUCUAUCUUUACCUUAUCACAUCAUUGACUCGAUCGAGCCUUUAAGGCAUGAUUAACUUUCUUCUAAUUGUUGGCGUGUUGUGAUUAUUUUUAUUUGUUGUUUCUUAUUCUAAUAAUGUUUUAAGAUAUAC